AUGAAUUUCGCACUAGUUAUUCAUUUAUUCUUUGCCGCCGUUGCGACUGCAACAUUCUCAAACCCCAUUAUAUGGGAGGACUUUGCCGACCUGGACAUAUUCCGCGUCGACGAUACAUUCUACUAUUCCGCAUCAAACAUGCACUACUCUCCCGGUGCCCCGAUCCUACGUUCCAAUAACCUCGUGGAUUGGGAGAUGGUUGGACACUCAGUGCCAGAGCUGGCAUUUGGUUCUGGUUACUACCUAGACGGCGGCCAAGCAUAUAUCCAAGGCACAUGGGCAUCAUCGCUGAGAUAUCGUGCGAGCACAUCAACCUACUAUUGGAUCGGGUGUAUUGAUUUCUCCAAGACAUAUAUUUACACUGCCUCUGCCGUUGAUGCUACCUGGGCCCAGGCUGCUGUAAUCGACUCUUGUUACUACGACGUUGGUCUCUUAGUGGCUGCCAAUGAUACGAUGUAUGCCGCCUAUGGAAGCACCAACAUCCAUGUAUCCGAGCUGUCAUCGGACGGAUUGAGUGAAGUUACGUCAAAGGUAGUAUAUAAAUCAGAUGUUGGAUAUAUCGAGGAUGGCAACUUUUAUAUCCUGGUAGUCAAACCCGGAUAUCCAUCCUCGGAGUAUGUUCUCCAAUCCACGAAUGGUCCAUGGGGCCCUUACACAAUUCAAGAGCUGUUCACCGAUGCUGGCAACCCAGUCCCGGGAUGCGGAAAUCCACACCAGGGAGGUAUUGUGGAUACCCCUAACGGAGAUUGGUAUUUCAUGGCCUUUGUGGAUGCCUACCCCGGUGGACGUAUUCCAGUUCUCGCACCGCUUGAAUGGGACUCGUACGGGUGGCCCUCAGUCAACCUUGUUAAUGGUUCCUGGAGCACGACUUAUGAUACACCCAACAUUGCAGCGAGUACUACGACUUCGUCUUUUCCGGAAGACAGCACCGACACCUUCUCGGAUCCAAAUUUGGGCGCACAGUGGGAAUGGAACCACAACCCCGAUAAUUCCAAGUGGUCCAUUGACAACGGACUUACUCUCCAAGUCGCUUCCGUGACGAAUGAUCUAUAUCGCGCCAAAAACACUCUCACACACCGGAUCCGCGGGCCGAAAUCGUCGGCCACAAUUCAGUUCAGCACUUCGUCUAUCAAAGCUGGAGGUCGGGCUGGGCUUGCUCUGCUUCGGGACUCUUCCGCUUGGAUUGGUAUUGUCAAUAACAAUGGCACCACCCAUAUUGGAGUUACUACCGGCCUGAGAAUGGAUAGUGACUGGAAUACUAUAUCUACGGGGGACGAAAUCGCAUCGGUGGGAUUUUAUGGGGACCAAGUCUGGUUGCGUGCAACAGCAGACAUUCAGCCCACCGUUGCGACGGGGCAGUUUGCGUACAGCUUAGAUGGAUUUACCUUCACUGAUCUGGGGGAUGGCUACAGUUUGAAUGCCACAUGGGAAUUCUUCAUGGGCUAUCGGUAUGGGAUCUUUAAUUUUGCAACUGUAGAGCUUGAGGGAAGCAUUACUGUGAGCCGGUUUGUUCUAUCCUGA